AUGGCACACCCUCAGCGGCCGAGAGAAACACUCUCGGCCGCUGAGAGUGUACACUCUCAUCGGCUGGGAGAAACACUCUUGGCUGAUGAGAGUGUACACUCUCAUUGGCCGAGAGAAACACUCUUGGCCGCUAAGGUCUCCCUGGAUCCUUAUCGAAGAGAAUCAGUCAAGAUCCUCAAGAUAUUCUCAGAAAUUUGUCCGACGAUCGAGAAGGCCUCAAUAGAUGAAGCCUUCCUCGACUUCUCGAUCCCAGACUCAUCAUCAGAGAUCAGCCUGGAUGAUCCGUUGCCUAAUCCCCCUCCGCUUGACUUGGAAGAUCUCCUUCGAAGCUCCCAGAGCAAUCUUGUCCCUCUGGAUGCCGACUCUGAUUAUCCCACUAAUACUUGUACUGAUAUCGCGCUCCUCAUCGGCACCGAAUUGAUGGCCCGCUGUCGUCAACAAGUUUUUGAUCGAUUGGGUUAUACCUGUUCUGCAGGAAUAGCAACCAAUAAGAUGCUAGCAAAACUAUGCUCAGCUUACAAGAAACCAAAUGCACAAACGGUGCUUCGAGCGGGAGCAGUCCGGGACUUUCUGCGCCCGUUCGAGCUCUCCAAGCUGCGUUUCUUGGGAGGGAAGCUAGGCCAAUCGGUUUCCGAGUUAGUCGACUCGACUUGCGACAAGUUGUGUCAGUUGAGCAAGGUCUGGAAGGUCCCACUCAGCCAGCUCCAGGCUUCUCUUGGCGAGCAGACUGGCAUGUGGGUCUGGGAAUCCGUCCACGAUGUCAAUCGCUCCGAGGUCGAGACUAAAACACUCGUCAAGAGUAUGAUGUCUUCCAAAAACCUUCGGCCCUCUAUUUCCUCUCGGCCGAUGAAAGUGUACACUCUCAUCAGCCGAGAGCGUUUCCCUUGGCCGAUGAGAGUGUACACUCUCAUCAGCCAAGAGUGUUCCUCCCGGUGUUUCUCUCGGCCAAUGAGAGUGUACACUCUCAUCAGCCAAGAGUGUUUCUCCCGGCCGAUGAGAGUGUACACUCUCAGCGGCCAAGAGUGUUUCUCUCAGCCGCUGAGGGUGUGCCAUCAGCGGCCGGGAGGAAUCCUCCCGGCCGUCGCGGGCUAUUUUUGGUAA